AUGUACUCCGGACAGGGUAUUAUGUUUAAUGAUUUCCAGAUAGAGCAGCAAUCUUUCAGAGAACUCAAUCGCCACGAAAAGAGCCUUGGUCUUCUUACCGAAAAAUUUGUCCAGUUAUUGAAGGAAGCUGCGGACUUUUUAGCUGUCCGACAAAAACGUCGAAUUUAUGACAUAACAAAUGUUUUGGAAGGCAUAGGACUUAUUGAAAAGCGUACCAAGAACAGUAUCCAAUGGAAGUAA